AUGUCUGAGACUCUUGACCUAUCCUUGCUGAAGGGUACACCCGAGCAAAGGGAGCAGAUCUCUGCUGAGUUGCUCCAUGGCCUCAAGACUCGCGGUGGCGUUAAGCUGAAGAACCACGGUCUUCCAGACAAGCUCGUUCAUGAACUAUUCGACUGGACUCGCAAGUUUUUUGCCCUUCCGCAUGAAGACAAAAUGCUCGCCAAGCACCCUCCUGAGGCAAACCCCAACCGGGGCUACUGCUACGUUGGACAGGAGUCCAUCUCGAGUAUUAGUGGUUAUGAGAAGGGGCUUCCGCAGGGACGUUUCGUUCGUGAUAUCAAGGAAACCGUCGACUUCGGCUCACCUCGCGAUGAGCUCGUAGACAACAUCUGGGUACCUGAAGAGAAGCUCCCAGGUUUCCGCAAGUUCAUGGAAGACUUCUACGAAACAUGCUUCAAGCUCGAGCUCGAGAUUCUCGCUGCUCUUGCGAAGGCACUCGGCGUUGACGAAAACCAAAUGGUAGCCCUGCACAACAAAGCCGAGAACGAGUUCCGCAUCCUUCACUACCCAGAAGUUCCGGCAUCAGAACUGGCCGACGGCACCGCGACACGUAUCGCCGAGCACACCGACUUUGGCAGCAUCACCAUGCUGUUCCAGGACUCCGUUGGGGGCCUUCAGGUCGAAGACCAGCAAAAUCCUGGUGUCUUCCGCGGUAUCGAGUCAGCAGACAAGACAGAGAUCAUUCUAAAUAUUGGCGACUCGAUGCAGCGACUGACCAACGAUACUUUCCGCGCUGCGUGCCACCGUGUCACAUACCCGCCUUCUGUUAAGGUUGGUACAGAGGCAGUCAUUCCUGAGCGGUACUCCAUUGCAUACUUUGCGAAGCCGAACCGCUCGGCGUCACUGUUCCCUUUCAAGGAGUUCAUCACGCCUUCAACCCCUUGCCGGUACGAGGACAUAAAUGCAUGGGAUUUCCAAAACCUUCGCAUUUCCAGACUGUUUAAAUAG